GAAACCGUAUCUAGUUUAAAUUUGAAUAGGCCUAGUCUUGCAGGCGUUUCUCAAAAUGCAUGCUACCGUGCCAAACAUGUGUAUAACUAAACCAAGAUAGGGAACAAAUUAGUCAUAGUUGGCAGAACAAGCAAGGACCUGGGCAGAGGCCAAGCAGGAGCUUGCGAGAUCCUGUUGUAGCGUAUACUUUCAUGUUUCUGUUAGGGAACGCCGACUCAAAAGUGGCUAAAUUCGCCUUUGCACUCCUAAACAAUGCACGUUUUUUCUUACUUUACUAAGGGGUAAACCUACAAAAUAUAGUCCACGCUGUUCGAAUCAGAGGAUAGUUUUGGGAACAGAAAACUGUUAAUGAGAUCAAAUGUUUCAUCGAUGAGAAAAUGUGCAGAAUAUCAGCCAAAUCCAUCUCGUUCCUGCUUCUCCAACUGCCGGACACUUGGCUUCCCCACUACGAGUGGAAACGCCAAGUGGAUGCUUCACUUUUAUAUAUCCGUCUUGUCCUCACAAGAAUGUACUCAAGAGAACGUGGUCAGAGAAUGCACUCAGAGCAUGAGAGUGUAGAGCACUGUAGGGCCAAGCCUGGGCUCAGGUACAGUGUGUCUGACUGGGACACCAGUAACAAGCAGAUAUCUGACACAGCAGAACACAGGAGACACAUGUCACACAUGACAAGGCAGGAAGGGAGGGCCUUACGCAAUGAGACAACCAGCAAGACUAACUGGGAUAAGAGUGACAGCUCUCGCAGACUGAGUGAUAGGAUCUGGGAUAUCUCCCGCUGGAGAGAGACUUUGGAAUCAUGCAUACAGGAAGUGGAGAAAGAGAUGGAUGCCUUAACCCUGGGGAAGGAGGAGACUGAGCGGGCUCUGACAGCCACCGCAGUGCCUCUAGAGGUCACGGUGGAGUGCCUGACCCUGAGGGAGGGUCGCCGCGGCAACGAGCUGGUCAGCGACCCAGUGGAGGCCCAGCUGAAGAAGGAAGUGGAGAUGAUCGACGGAGCACAGCGGGUGCUCCAGCAGCGCAUCGACAAGGCGUUCGAGCAGCUGUGUCUUCUUCAGGUGUCCCGGCAGCAGCUGACCCAUGACCUUCAGAACAAGAUUGAGGCCCAGGACAUUGACCUCUCCUGCUUGUCUAUCACUGUGACAUCACCUAAGACCUCCCUGAAGCCCAACCCCCUGCGCAUACCCAUAGGUUCCACCACCCCCCAGCAGUGGGAGCAGUUCAGCCAGUACAACGUGGCCCGAGCUCAGGAGGAGAUGCAGGCAUCACUGCAGCUGAGGGAGGACAUGAGUGUCACCAGGGCACAGUUGCAGAAUGAGCUGGAUGCUCAGCGAAUCGCCACAGUGUUUGCCAUCCGUAAACGCACUCACCACCUGGAGCAGGCUCACGAUGAGACGCAGUGGCAGAUGAAGAGCUCCCAGGAUGAGAUCUCAGAUAUGGAGAGGGACAUCCGUAGUCUAGAGGAUGAUCUCCAGGCUAAGAUGGCCCCACUAAAGCUGGUCCACACCCGGCUGGAGAACAGGACCAAGAGGCCUGGAGUCGAUCUCUGUAGGGAUGAGGUUCAGUAUGGGCUUGUGGAUGAAGCCAAUCAGCUGGAGGCCACCAUUCUGGCUCUGAAACAGAAACUGGCCCAGGCUCAGUAUGCCCUCCAGGCUCUCCAGCUGCACCAGGCCCAUAUGGGGGAGGAUCUGUCCCGUAAGAAGGACGCCCUCUCUCUAGAGCAGCGCAGCCUUGAGACACGCAGCCGCCUCGCCUCCGCUGCUUUCACUGACGUGUCCUCUGGCGCCGUGGUCCCCCUCACCAUCUCCAGCGGGAGACACAACCUGGAGCUGGCCUAGGCUCACCAAUUCAUCUCACACACACAACCUUAGGGUUCUCUGACCGUAACCUUAUUUCCCUCAAUUUAUUAACCAUACCAUAAAUAUGCACAUUCGCAUCUCAAUUGUGUUUUUGUGUCUAUGUUUAUCUUUUAGGCCCCUGUGUAUUCUGUGCGUUUUACAGCGGUCAUAGUCUUACACCUAUCUUCUGUAAGUUCCGUUAUGUGUUAUCAAUUGAACAUUGUGUAUCAAAAAAGAUCGGCAUCAUAUUAAAACUGCAAUAUGUAACUUUUUGGGCGACCUGACCAGUUUUACAUAGAAAUAUGAAUUAUAGAUGUCAUUUUCUUUGAAAGCAAGUCUAAGAAGCAGUAGGUCUGUUCUAUGUGCCUUAUUUCGAUGCUUCCCGUUCUAAAGUUAUGUUUUUGUGUCUUUCGGUUUUGUUUCAAAACAGCUGAAAAUACAAUAUUAUUGGUUAUUGAAAAUAUAUUAAAGUGGUUUAGGUGGUA